GUGCUUUUACAGCAGGCGCUACUGCACACAGGAUCAGCACUCGGGCUGUGUGGCAGUUCCGCAAUAUGAUCAAGUGCACCAUCCCCGGGAGUGAUCCCCUGCGGGAGUACAACAACUACGGCUGCUACUGUGGCUUGGGCGGCUCAGGCACCCCAGUGGACGACUUAGACAGGUGCUGCCAGACUCAUGACCACUGCUAUAGUCAGGCCAAGAAGCUGGAAAGCUGUAAAUUCCUCAUCGACAACCCCUACACCAACACGUACUCAUACAAGUGCUCCGGGAACGUGAUCACCUGCAGCGAGAAAAACAACGACUGUGAGAGCUUCAUCUGCAACUGUGACCGGCAGGCCGCCAUCUGUUUCUCCAAGGUCCCGUACAACAAGGAAUACAAAGACCUUGACACCAAGAAACACUGUUAGGCUGUCACCCCACUUCCUGUCUAUGCUGUCCCCGCCCCCCCCUUGCUGUCUUAUUUCUGCACCGCACCCUCUAAUAAAGUACCAGCAGAAAGAAAGAAA